GAGCAUACCUUUACAAUGACGAAACUGCCCUUACCAUCGUCCCAGACGCCAUGUAAAGAUUUACCUCUGCUUUUCCUCCAAACAAACGCAAUAAUCUCUCCAGAUUUUAGGAAUCAUAUCCGCCUUCCUGAAUUUCUUCUUCUUUUCUUCUUCCCCCUCUCCUCUAUACUUCUCCAAUUUUCGAAGCCCUAGAUUCAUUCGCAUUCGAUUAUUGACAGAUUUGCGGUUCUUGUUUGAAGUGUUAAUUUUGCAACACAAAAUCAUCGCACUUCGAGUUUUGAUGGUUUUUUCUUGAGGUUUCAAUCUCAACAAUUAGAUACCAUGGCGGCCGGCGCAAUGGCAACCUAUGCGGGAGCCGCCUUGAUUAUUUAUUACCUUCUGAGCCGUAGAUUAGCAGCAAAAGGCGAUGAAGACGAUCGGAGCGAUAAUUUGUCCAAAUCGAUUAGAUCGGGAAGGAGAAGGAUCUCUCGGAGGCCGGCUCAGGCGCCGGCGACGUGGUUUGAGACGAUUACUACUCUAUCGGAGACUCUUAGGUUCACAUACUCCGAGACCUUAGGCAAAUGGCCGAUCGGCGACUUGGCAUUUGGCAUCAAUUACUUGAUGCGGAGACAGGGUAACUUACAAGUUGCUAACGUGUAUGCGGGCAACGAUAGUGUACAACUUAAAGGUCCUGAGAUUAUCACAGAGCUGAAGAGUUUUUUGCGGUUGCUCACCUUCUGCAUGCUUUUCUCUAAGAAACCGUUCCCAAUUUUUCUGGAAUCUGCCGGCUACUCUCCGGAGGAAGUGCUUAUUCAGAAACCAAAAGCAGGGAUUUUGAAGCCUGCCUUUACAAUAAUUCGUGACAGUAAUUCAAAAUGCUUCCUUCUAUUGAUUCGGGGUACUCAUAGUAUCAAAGAUACAUUAACAGCAGUAACUGGUGCAGUGGUUCCUUUCCAUCAUUCAGUUUUACAUGAUGGCGGGAUAAGUAAUCUAGUUCUAGGAUAUGCACACUUUGGGAUGGUUGCUGCAGCUCGUUGGAUUGCGAAGCUAAGCACUCCUUUCUUACUCAAAGGUCUUGACGAUUUUCCUGACUACAAAAUAAAGAUUGUUGGGCAUUCUCUUGGUGGUGGAACCGCUGCUUUAUUAACAUAUAUUCUUCGAGAACAAAAGGAGUUCUCCUCUAGCACUUGCAUCACAUUUGCUCCAGCUGCUUGUAUGACAUGGGAGUUGGCAGAAUCGGGUAAGCAGUUCAUCACUACAAUCAUUAAUGGUUCAGAUCUGGUCCCUAGCUUCUCAGCGGCUUCUAUUGACGACUUGCGAUCUGAGGUGACAGCAUCAUCGUGGCUGAAUGAUUUGCGAGAUCAGGUGGAGCGUACCAGGGUUCUCAAUGUUGUUUAUCGUUCUGCAAGUGCUUUGGGCUCACGCCUUCCAUCCAUAGCUACUGCCAAAGCUAAGGUUGCCGGUGCCGGCGCCCUCCUUCGUCCAGUCUCGACCACCACCCAGGCCGCCGUGAAAAGUGCAGUUGUGAGAACUCGCUCUUCUCUAUCUUCUUGGUCUUGCAUGGGCGCCCGCCGAAGAAACGGUGGCAUUUUAUCAAAUCCCACAGAGGAGUUGCCCGAAGUUCCUCUAAUAACUGAAAGAAAUCACGAAUCACUAUUAGCUGGGGAAGUUACAAUUAACGCAAUCGAAAAGAAAAAGAAGCCAGAGUCUGGCACUUCAGGUGAUGAUAGUUCAGAUCGCGACACGGAUGAGGAGCGACACCACCUCAUUACCGAAGAAAGAAUGAUCGCCUCAACUGAUGUCGAAGACAUUACAGAUGGUGAGUUGUGGUAUGAACUGGAAAAGGAACUACAACGACAGGAGAAAAAGGUCGAUGUUACUACUCGAGAAGCCGAUGUGGCUACAGUAGCCAAAGAGAUCAAAGAAGAAGAGGAGAGUAUGCUUACCGAUGUCGAGGGAAGCAGUGAAAAGCCAUUGUCUUCUCUAGAUGCUUCGGAAAAUAUACGUUUUUAUCCUCCCGGGAAAACCAUGCAUAUUGUUUCCAUUCCCUCAUCGGACUCCGAUAAUUUAGUUCAGGAUGAUGACGAGGAGAUUAUGCAGGAAAGAGUUGGGAUAUAUGAGACACCUAGAGAAUUGUAUAGUAAGCUGCGUCUCUCUAGAACAAUGAUUAAUGAUCAUUAUAUGCCUAUGUACAAAAAGAUGAUGGAAUCAUUGAUCAACGAACUCGAAAAAGAUGUAUUAAGCAAUUAUGAAAUGUAAAUAAUUUAAUUGCAUCUCAAA